AGCCUUUUUCAUUGUGAAGUCAUACACAUAGAAAUAUGACUAGUACUAAAGAAAAACAAGAACAAGAAGAAACUUCAUUAUCAUCUUCAAAAGUAGUUACAAGAGAUAAGUAUAGAUCAUUCUUAAGUGAAGAAGAUAACACAAACACUAUUUGGAGACAUGGUGUUCCUCCUACCUAUGAUGAUGUUAAUCUCCUCUUUCAACAAGGAAGAACCAAGGAAUGGGCAAAAGGAUCAUUAGAAGAGAUAGUACAAAAUGCUGUCAAGUCAUGGGAAAUGGAGCUCUCACACAAGAUUCGUUUGCAAGAUUUCAAGAGUAUUAAUCCUCAAAAAUUCAAGCUCUUUGUUAAUGGAAGAGAAGGAUUAAAUGGAGAAGAAACUCUAAGAAUUGGAAGCUACAAUGCAUUGAUGAAGAAUUCUCUUCCAAAAGAGUUUCAAUACUACAAAGCAGAAGAAGAAACCUUUGAAUCAUCACAUGAAGUGUUUAGAUCAGCUUUUCCAAGAGGAUUUGCAUGGGAAGUAAUUCAUGUCUACUCGGGACCCCCAAUUAUUGCGUUCAAGUUUAGGCAUUGGGGUUUCUUCGAGGGCCCUUACAAGCAACAUGCUCCUACUGGCGAAAUGGUUCAGUUUUAUGGCAUUGCCACUCUCAAGGUUGAUGAGGCACUGAAGGUAGAGGAAGUGGAGGUGUACUAUGACCCUGCGGAGCUAAUUGCAGGGUUUCUGAAAGGAAAACCUAUUUCAGAAUCUGGGGAUGAAGACUCGAAAUCUAAACUUGAAUGCCCUUUUGCCAAACUAAAUGUUAAAUAAGUUUUGUGUUUUCUUGCAACUUAUUUUUAGUACUUAAUGUAUAGUUGUGUGUUGUUUAUUAUGAUUUAAGUUUUAAGCCAAAAAAAUAAUAACUAAACAAUUGCUUGUUAUCUGUAUUUUAUUCUUGUAUUUGAAUGUUUUCAUGUACUCAGCAGAUUUCCACUUAAUUUAAGCCAUAAUUUUUAGUUAAAA